AUGGCUCCAGCAAAUUAUCAGAUGUCAAAGGACGGUAUUGAGAUGCAAUUUGCGUCCAACCAUAUUGGGCAUUUCUUGCUAACCAAUUUGCUGGUCCCCGAGAUCAAGAAGGGAAAUGGUGUUGUAGCCAAUGUCGCCAGCGGUGGCUACCAGAUCGCCGACCCGGACUUUGAGGAUGUAAACUUCAAUGACGGCAAGGCAUAUAGUCCAUGGGUAGCCUACGGCAGAUCCGAAGGCGCUAAUAUUCUCUUUACUGUUGCGCUUGCGAAACCCUUUAUUGGUUUCGGUUGCGCCGCUUUCUCUGUUAACCCAGGCUAUGUCGAAGGUACACCCUUACAGAAGAAUUCCUCCAUUACUCCGGACGAUAUGCUGGCAGGGUUUAAGAUUGCGACCGAGAGAGAUGUAGCUGCAAAUGAAAUAACCCCGAGAAGCGUCGAGCAAGGCGCUGCAACGAUAAUCUUAUCAGUUCUGGACGAGAAUCUCCGUGAGUAUUCAAGGGCCUAUCUUGACUAUUGCCAACUUGGUGAGGCUAAAGAGUAUGUCAUGAAAGUCGAAACUGCCGAGGCACUUUGGAUGCUAAGCGAAAGUCUUGUCGGAGAGAAAUUCUAA